ACUUAACUUACAAGACGAGGAUUGCCAAUAAUAUAUAAGAAGAUAACAAUAUAAUUUUUUCAAAAAAUGUGAGACACUUAACGUUUGCUAAGAUGAUGUCUGCAGUCUCUAAGAUUGAAAAAAUUGGAGCUUAGAUAAAUUGUUCAUCGUAAUCUAAUAUUGGUGUUACUUAUAAUUAGAUCUAAUUAACCAGUUAAGCAAAGUGAGGCCAGGACAGCCCAAAAUGAGACCCAAUUUAGUGAGAUCAAAAUUUGUACAAUGUGAGCUUUAUGUGAUGAUCUGCCACGUCAUCAAGCCACCUAGACGUGACAUUUAGCUACUGUUUUUGUUUUGAAGCCAGUAACGGCAUUUUGGCUGAUGAUUGUAUUUUGGUUUGUUCUCCUUCCCAUCGAAUCAUCAUCCUUUGCAUCUUUAUACAACCUUUUGCCGCCCCUUCUUUUCCUUCAUAUUCACCCUUUUCCCCCUCCUUCCUUUUUACACUUUUUCCACCCCCUACCCUCAACUCUCAGUUCUUUUUCCAUCUAUAUAUACCUACACAUUCAUUUGAAAUCCUUCAUUAUAUGCGGAAAAAAAAAUCCAUUUUCAUAUAGAAAGAAAAUAAUUCUCAAAUAUCCCUAAAUUCUUUCGUGGUUUGGACAACUAAUAGAUUAAUGUUUCAUUCGGUGACUUUGGUCGGCUUCCUCACUUAACCAAUUUGAAUUUGAAGUACGAUCCAGAUCACGUCUCACUCAUGUUAUAUGAUUGCCUUUUCAAGUUAUACGCGUUUAGACUUUACUUUCUAUUCUCCUUCUAAAUCCGGUCAAAUAGUUGUUCUCAAUUUUUUUGUUAUCUAGUUGUAAAUUGUACCUCUCUUUAGAAAGCCGAGAAAGGGAAUGGAUGAGGGCGGUGGGAAUUGUUUCACAUGGGAAAAGCAGAGAUGGUCUUUUUCGAAUUCAGAUAACUCAGGUGGGAAUGGGGUAAAACCAGCUGGCAAGGAGUUACCCGAUAUCUCUGAUGAUGUUGCUAGAGAGACAAAGGGUGGCGGUAGAAAGAGGAGUGUGUCAGCAAAGAACGGUGGCAAGGGCAAUGGAGAAGGGAAUGAAGGAAAAGCUAAUGGAGGAGAUCAGUCAGAUCAUGAUAUGCAUAUAUGGACAGAAAGAGAGAGGAGGAAGAAGAUGAGGAACAUGUUCUCUAAUCUUCAUGCUUUGCUUCCUCAACUUCCUCCUAAGGCAGACAAGUCGACCAUUGUGGAUGAAGCAGUGAACUACAUCAAGACACUCCAGCAUACCCUUAAAAAGCUUCAGCGACAAAAGCUGGAGAGGCUCCAUGGCAUGGCGACUACGAUGAAUCCUUCAAUAAUCAGCUCAAGUAUUAUUAGUAGGGAGGCAUUUUUAGCUGAUCAGGGAUCUACAAAUAACGCAACACUUUCAAUGCCUCAUUUGCCAGCAUUCUUUCAAACUUGGUCAUCUCCCAAUGUUAUCCUAAAUGUUUGUGGCGACGAAGCUCACAUUAGCGUCUGUUGUCCCAAAAAAACAGGCCUUUUAAGUACCAUUUGUUAUGUAUUAGAGAAGCACAAGAUAGAGGUGGUAUCUGCCCAAAUUUCAUCAAAUCAAAACAGAUGCAUGUACAUAAUUCAAGCCCGCCGUGCAAGUGGAGCUCCAGAUCAAUUCUCCGAAGCCUCUCCCGUGGAAGAAAUAUACAUGCAAGCAACAGGAGAGAUAAUUCUAUGGGUAUCUUCCCAGUGAUACUGCAAAUCAAUUUCACCAUAUAUAGGAGAUAUACUCUUUAAACUUCUAUAGAAAUUAUGAGGGUUGUAAAGAAUGGUUUAUUUUACGUAGAGAUUGUACAUCUUCCUUCAGAGAUA